AUGGCAUCUUGCUUAGUGCCAGACUUUCCAGCUGUUCUAGUUGCUUUGGAGCAUUUGGGGGAAUUAGGUAAGAAAACAACAGGCGCCUCUCUCUCUUGCUACUGUUACACAUGUCAUGAGUUACAAUAGCUAGCUAGCCCCUACCUAUCAAGUCAUCGAAACGCGAGUAGAGAAGCAUCCGAUUAACUGCUACUUUUCAGUGUUGACAACUCCUACAUUUGUGAUUGAGCGCAGACUUGAUGCAACCCAGCCGAUUACUUUGAUUUGUAAUUGCCAAGUUGUAUCAUUUUAAUGUUUCAAAUAAGUACUGUAUCAGAUCUAAAUUUACAUAGCUAAUAGCACAACUUGCCUGUUUGAACGUUUGCCUUGACAUAGACAAGCAGCUGAGGGAUGAGGGAGUUCCAUUCAGUCCUGAGGCCAGUCAUCACCUGAAAGAAAUAGCUGCUGCCAUCAAUGAACUGGUAGGCAAAUGCCAAUAAGGAAAGAGAAGAUCGAACAUCGUGUAGUCUAAAUAUUGUUAAAACCAAUAUGAUGUAUGUAAUAAAUAGCAUAAUAAACUAAUCCUCAAUGGAUAAUCUGAAGAGGAAUGUAAACCUACCCACUGGGCACACACUGGUUGAACCAACGCUAAAUAGACGUUGAAUUGACGUCUGUGCACAGUGGGUAGGUAAAUAUAAAGUAUAUUCUACUGAGCCAUUUACUUUAUGUUCGUAUUCUUAUCUAUUUUUAUGUCUUAUUGUUGUUGCAUUGUCGAGAAGGAACCUGCAAGGAAGCAUUUCGUUGGACUGUGUAUACCAUGUGUAUCCUGUACAUACAACUAAUAAAAACUUGAAACUUGAAAUUAAGUAAAUCCAUAGAGACAAUGGCCAUAGAGGCCAGAGAACUUGCUUUACACUCUCUUUUGAAAACCCUCUUUUCUAUAAAUCAGGAGACUUCUAGGAGAGUAGUCCACGAACAACUGGAGGUAGAAACUAUUGAAACAAGCAAACUCCGACAUCAAUGCCAGAAUAUCCGUGAUGAUGUUCAGAAUGAGAUAUCAGGUAAUAACUUAUGUAGCCCAAUGAUAUGACUUCAUAGAAUACAACCCACUGGGCAAAACCUGGUUGGAUCAAUGUUGUUUCCACAUCAUUUCAACCAAAAAAUUCAAUGUGAUGACGUUGAAUCAAACUGGAAAACUGAUUGGAUUUGAAAAAUAGUCAUGAACGUAAGGGAAUUUUGUAUUUUUUUCACCCAACUUUUAACCAAAAUCCAAUGACAUGCUGGAAAUGUUUUGUGGAUUUCACAUUGAAUUCACGUUAGUUAACAACUCAACCAAAUGUAAAUCAAAACUAGACAUUGAACUGAUGUCUGUGCCCAGUGGAAAGGAAUUAAUAUUGCCUGGCAGGGCCAGCUCUAGUCUUUUGGGGGCCCUAAGCGAGAUUUGGUUUUUAGUGUUCCCCAUCUUGAUGGCGGAGAAUUUUUUUUUGCAUUUUUAAAGUACAUUUCCUGCAAUUCUUCUCAUUUUGCCAUGGGGUGUAGAGAUUCUUUGUUGUUUUGGUUUAAAGCUAAUUCCCUGCAAUUCUAACAUUUUGCCAUGACUUAUGCCAUGUUAGUGAUAUCUGAGUGAGAGUGACUUACAAAAUCAGUGGGGGCCCCCUGGAGGUCAGGGCCCCUGGGCAUGUGCAAUGCUUGACCGGUCGGUAUUUGACCAUGAUUACUACAAGUUUAGAUAGCUGGCUAGACUAACUUACCAAUCUAAAAAUUGUUAGUUGACAUGGCUAACUGAGUGACUGUCAGUGACUGACAUAACAAGAGAAAAAUUGCUGAUGCACAGCCACAUUUCGAACUUGCACUUUGUGUAUUCUACUAUUCUAACUCUCAACAGUAAGUUAAGACCCUGACUGAGUUCCUAAGCGACCGUUUAUGUUGCUUAUGCCUAGAGCCGACCUUGUUGCCUGGUCUUGCCUUAAAGCUAGAAUGAACAAGCUGUCCAAAGUCAUGUUUUGCUCACAGAGAUUUGUCAUUGUCCCUUUCAGCUGGUGUUGCGGCUGCAAGAAAUAUAAAUGCGGGUCAAAUCACUCAACUCCAAGAUGAACUAAACAGUAUAGUGCAAGAAAUAGAAUUAAUGGAGAAAAAACAGGAUGUCCUUGAAAAGCAAAAUGCAAUUCUUUAGUAAGUAAUAUAAGUAAUGUUAAGCAAUGUAUAGGUGUAACAGAUCAUACAAUUUUUUGGCAACAUUUCACAUAACAUCCAUGAUGUUAUAACAUGUUAUAACUUGUUUUGGAAUCUUUUUCAGUCCUGAGAGAGAGUUGGUGAAAGGUGACCAUGAAAAUGUCAUCAACCAAUUAAACUACCAACUGUCAGAGAAGGCCAAUAAACAGAUUCUGCUCAAUGAAACAGUGAACGAGAUCAGAAAAGGGAAAGCCAAGAUCACAGAUGUGGAGACCGCUAAAGUGGCGCUAGAGGAGGACAUGAUUCAAGAGAGGAAGACGUUUGAUGAAACAAAUGAGAAUCUUCAGAGAGAGGUACAUCACAGCCACCACUUAUUAUAGCUACAUUUUAAAUGUUUAAAUGUUUGUUAUUUAGCAGACGCUCUUAUCCAGAGUGACUUACAGGAGCAAUUAGGUUUAAGUCCCUUGCUCAAGGGCACAUCGACAGAUUUUUCACCUAGUCGGCUCUUGGAUUCGAACCAGAGACUUUUCAGUUACUGGCCCAAUGCUCUUAACCGCUCGGGCUAGGCUACCUGCAUAUCUGAGAUACUAUUCCCUGCUGUGAGGCGCCGUAUUAAUCUUAUCCUCCCCUGCUGGUCUAGUGUGAGGAAGCCAUCAAUAACAUACAGGACCAGAAGAACAACAAUGCAAAGAAACGCAGAGAGCUGGACAUUUUUUUAGCAGAACUGUUGGAUAAGGAGGACAAAGUCACAGAGCAAAAAAAAGUAAGUGAACUGAAGUAUUUCAGUCAAGUAGUAAAUUAAUGCUCUUGACUUGCUAUAACUGCCUUUUUUAUUCAUUUAUAGUAGGAUAUAAACAGUGGUACAGUAACUAAGUAAAAAUAGUACUUCUUAAGUAGUUUUUGGGGUAUCUGUACUUUACUUAAAAAUAUAUAUUUUUACUCCACUACAUUCCUAAAGAAAAUAUGUACUUUUCACUCCCAUAAAUUUUCAUUGACACCCAAAAGUACAUGUGACAUUUUGAAUGCUUAGCAGGACAGGAAAAUGGUCCAAUUCACGCAAUUAUCAAGAGGACACAUGGUCAUCCAUACUGCCUCUGAUCUGGCAGACUCACUCAAAUGCUUCGUUUUUAAAUGAUAUCUGAGUGUUGGAGUGUGCCCCUGGCUAUCCGUUAAUUAUAAGGAAUUUAAAUAUAAGGAAUUUAUAGCAUUUACGUUUACUUUUGAUACUUAAGUAUAUUUGAGCAAUUAUUUACAUUUACUUUUGAUACUUAAGUAUAUUUAAAACCAAAUAGUUUAAGAAUUUUACUCAAGUAGUAUUUUACUGGGUUACUUUCACUUUUACUUCAGUCACUUUAUAUUAAGGUAUCUUGACAAUUAUGUACUUUUUCCACCACUGUAUUUAAAUACAUACAGUGGGGAGAACAAGUAUUUGAUACACUGCCGAUUUUGCAGGUUUUCCUACUUACAAAGCAUGUAGAGGUCUGUAAUUUUUAUCAUAGGUACACUUCAACUGUGAGAGACGGAAUCUAAAACAAAAAUCCAGAAAAUCACAUUGUAUGAUUUUUAAGUAAUUAAUUUGCAUUUUAUUGCAUGACAUAAGUAUUUGAUACAUCAGAAAAGCAGAAAUUAAUAUUUGGUACAGAAACCUUUGUUUGCAAUUACAGAGAUCAUACGUUUCCUGUAGGUCUUGACCAGGUUUGCACACACUGCAGCAGGGAUUUUGGCCCACUCCUCCAUACAGACCUUCUCCAGAUCCUUCAGGUUUCGGGGCUGUCGCUGGGCAAUACGGACUUUCAGCUCCCUCCAAAGAUUUUCUAUUGGGUUCAGGUCUGGAGACUGGCUAGGCCACUCCAGAACCUUGAGAUGCUUCUUACGGAGCCACUCCUUAGUUGCCCUGGCUGUGUGUUUCGGGUCGUUGUCAUGCUGGAAGACCCAGCCACGACCCAUCUUCAAUGCUCUUACUGAGGGAAGGAGGUUGUUGGCCAAGAUCUCACGAUACAUGGCCCCAUCCAUCCUCCCCUCAAUACGGUGCAGUCGUCCUGUCCCCUUUGCAGAAAAGCAUCCCCAAAGAAUGAUGUUUCCACCUCCAUGCUUCACGGUUGGGAUGGUGUUCUUGGGGUUGUACUCAUCCUUCUUCUUCCUCCAAACACGGCGAGUGGAGUUUAGACCAAAAAACUAUAUUUUUGUCUCAUCAGACCACAUGACCUUCUCCCAUUCCUCCUCUGGAUCAUCCAGAUGGUCAUUGGCAAACUUCAGAUGGGCCUGGACAUGCGCUGGCUUGAGCAGGGGGACCUUGUGUGCGCUGCAGGAUUUUAAUCCAUGACGGCAUAGUGUGUUACUAAUGGUUUUCUUUGAGACUGUGGUCCCAGCUCUCUUCAGGUCAUUGACCAGGUCCUGCCGUGUAGUUCUGGGCUGAUCCCUCACCUUCCUCAUGAUCAUUGAUGCCCCACGAGGUGAGAUCUUGCAUGGAGCCCCAGACCGAGGGAGAUUGACCGUCAUCUUGAACUUCUUCCAUUUUCUAAUAAUUGCGCCAACAGUUGUUGCCUUCUCACCAAGCUGCUUGCCUAUUGUCCUGUAGCCCAUCCCAGCCUUGUGCAGGUCAACAAUUUUAUCCCUGAUGUCCUUACACAGCUCUCUGGUCUUGGCCAUUGUGGAGAGGUUGGAGUCUGUUUGAUUGAGUGUGUGGACAGGUGUCUUUUAUACAGGUAACGAGUUCAAACAGGUGCAGUUAAUACAGGUAAUGAGUGGAGAACAGGAGGGCUUCUUAAAGAAAAACUAACAGGUCUGUGAGAGCCGGAAUUCUUACUGGUUGGUAGGUGAUCAAAUACUUAUGUCAUGCAAUAAAAUGCAAAUUAAUUACUUAAAAAUCAUACAAUGUGAUUUUCUGGAUUUUUGUUUUAGAUUCCGUCUCUCACAGUUGAAGUGUACCUAUGAUAAAAAAUUACAGACCUCUACAUGCUUUGUAAGUAGGAAAACCUGCAAAAUCGGCAGUGUAUCAAAUACUUGUUCUCCCCACUGUAUGUAUUAAUUGUGUUAUUUCACACUACACUCUUCCUUCAUUGCAGCACAUUGUCCAGUUAGAGCAAAGUAUAGCCAAACUGACAGCGUCUGAAAUCCAAUGCAAAGAGCAGCUGGCAGAUGUGAUCAACACAUUUGAGGAACUUGUUCUUCAGAAGUAAGAUUGGCAUUCAUGCAGGUACUGUAUGUAGCGUAAGCAUGGCGCAUACAUGGAAUGCAAGGGAUACUGUAUGUUACAUCAUGUUUGCUUCCACCAUUCCAUCUUUUUCUACUCAUUAACUGUUGUUUCCUCAGGGAAUUUCAUGAAAAGGAGUUGGCUGAAGUGAGAAUUGCAUUUGAACUGAAAGUCCAGGCACUACAGGAAAAGAUUGUGGAGGUGAGAGAUAUUUAGGUUUUUCCAAAGCGAUGCUACUACUACAGUACAGCUCCAGGGCAACAUGUUGCUUCAUUCUCCUCUCCCCUCUCACUCUUCUCUUCUCUCCGUUGGUGUUGCUAUGGUGGGAGGGAUUAUAAACACCUGUAUGAUGUCAGAUGUGAGACAUCGAUUUCCUGCCAUUGCCAGAGGCCUCAGCCCUGCUGUUCUGUAGUCAAAUUGAUCUUUUUAGAAAGUAUUCCUUCAAAGUCACUUUGUGCUAAGUCUGACCUUUAAGAGAGCCAGUUCACUGGAGUGUCCUCUGAUGUGCUAGAGUUCACACAGUCCAUCAAAGGGAAUAGCAGCUGUGUCUGGUCAUACGAGCCGAUGACAGGCUGACUGAACGUGAAGAAAAUGCCCUUUGAAUAGAAUUACUCUCCUGGUUUUCCCUUGUAGAGGAGUUGGGGUGUUUGUAUGUGUCUGGCAAAAGUCAGAAUCAUACACUAUAUAUACAAAAGUAUGUGGACACCCCUUCAAAUAAGUGGAUUCGGCUAUUUCAGCCACACCUGUUGCUGACAGGUGUAUAAAAUCAAGCACACCACCAUGUAAUCUCCAUAGACAAACAUUGGCAGUAGAAUGGCCUUACUGAAGGGCUCAGUGACUUUCAACGUGGCACCGUCAUAGGAUGCCACCUUUCCAACAAGUCAGUUCGUAAAAUGUCUGCCCUGCUAGAGCUGCCCCGGUCAACUGUAAGUGCUGUUAUUGUGAAGUGGAAAUGUCUCAGAGCAACAACGAGGCCACACAAGCGCACAGAACAGGACCGCCGAGUGCUGAAGUGCGUAGCGUGUAAAAAUCAUCUGUCCUCGGUUGCAACACUCACUACUGAGUUCCAAACUGCCUCUGGAAGCAACGUCAGUACAAGACCUGUUCGUCGGGAGCUUCAUGAAAUUUCAUGCAGCCGCACACAAGCCUAAGAUCAUCAUGCGCAAUGCCAAGCGUCAGCUGGAGUGGUGUAAAGCUCGCCGCCAUUGGACUCUGGAGCAGUGGAAACACGUUCUCUGGAGUGAUGAAUCACACUUCACCAUCUGGCAGUCCGACGGACGAUUCUGGGUUUGGCGGAUGCCAGGAGAACGCUACCUGCCCCAAUGCAUAGUGCCAACUGUAAAGUUUGGUGGAGGAGGAAUAAUGGUCUAGGGCUGUUUUUCAUGGUUCGGGCUAGGUCCCUUAGUUCCAGUGAUGGGAAAUCUUAACGCUACAGCAUACAAUGACAUUUUAGACGAUUCUGUGCUUCCAACUUUGUGGCAAUAGUUUGAGGAAGGCCUUUUCGUGUUUCAGCAUGACAAUGCCCCUGUGCACAAAGCGAGGUCCAUACAGAAAUGGUUUGUCGAGAUCGGUGUGGAAAACUUGACUGGCCUGCACAGAGUCCUGACCUCAACCCCAUCGAACACCUUUGAGAUUAAUUGGAACGCCGACUGCGAGCCAGGCCUAAUCGCCCAACAUCAUCAGUGCCCGACCUCAGUAAUGCUCUUAUGGCUGAAUGGAAGCAAGUCCUCGCACCAAUGUUCCAACAUCUAGUGGAAAACAUUCCCAGAGGAGUGGAGGCUGUUAUAGCAGCAAAGGGGGGACCAACUCCAUAUUAAUGCCCAUGAUUUUGGAAUGAGGUUUUCAGGAGGUGUCCACAUACUUUUGGUCAUGUAGUGUAUCUGAAACUAAUUUAUGAUGCUAAGGGUUGGCUUUGAGUUCAGGUAGUACCUCCCCGUUUCAAAAUGUUUUCUCGCUACUGAACAUCCCCCUAGGAUGAUAUGCGGGCUGGUGUGGUCUCGGGGAGCCUGUAUUGUUAGAUUUUAGAGCAGGGUUCCCCAAGUGUUUUGAGCAACAACAUUUUUUAAAAUCUUUUUUUAUUGUUGGACAUAAAAUACAGUAAAAACACCAGCAAAUCAGCUCCAAGUGAUUUUAAUUUUGGAAAUCUGUUCGAAACUAUUCCCACGCAUAAUAGAGAGAUAUACAGUACCAGUCAAAAGUUUGGACACACCUACUCAUUCAAGGGUUUUUCUUUAUUUUUACUAUUUUUUACAUUGUAGAAUAAUAGUGAAGACAUCAAAACUAUGAAAUAACACAUAUGGAAUCAUAUAGUAACCAAAAAAGUGUUAAACAAAUCCAAAUAUAUUUGGGAUUUGAAAUUCUUCAAAUAGCCACCCAAUUAACAGGUGUGCCUUUUUAAAAGUUAAUUUGUGGAAUUUAUUUACUUCUUAAUGUGUUUGAGCCAAUCAGUUGUGUUGUGACAAGGUAGGGGAGGUAUACAGAACAUAGCCCUAUUUGGUAAAAGUCCAUCGUUACUUUAAGACAGGAAGGUCAGUCAAUACGGAACAUUUCAAGAACUUUGAAAGUUUCUUCAAGUGCAGUCGCAAAAACCAUCAAGCGCUAUGAUGAAACUGGCUCUCAUGAGGACCGCCACAGGAAUGGAAGACCCAGAGUUACCUCUGCUGCAGAGGAUAAAUUAAUGAGAGUUACCAGCCUCAGAAAUUGCAGCCCAAAUAAAUGCUUCACAGAGUUCAAGCAACAGACACAUCUCAACAUCAACUGUUCAGAGGAUACUGUGUGAAUCAGGCCUUCACGGUCGAAUUGCUGCAAAGAAACCACUACUAAAGGACACCAAUAAGAAGAAGAGACCUGCUUGGGCCAAGAAACACGAGCAAUGGACAUUAGAUCAGUGGAAAUUUGCCCUUUGGUCUGGAGUCCAUAUUGGAGAUUUUUUUUGUGAGACGCGGUGUGGUUGAACGGAUGAUCUCCGCAUGUGUAGUUCCCACUGUAAAGCAUGGAGGUGUGGGGGUGCUUUGCUGGUGACACUGUCUGUGGUUUAUUUAGAAUUCAAGGCACACUUAACCAGCAUGGCUACCACAGCAUUCUGCAGCGAUACGGCAUUCCCAUCUGGUUUGGGCAUAGUGGGACUAUCAUUUGUUUUUCAACAGGAAAAUGACCCAAAACACACCUCCAGGCUAUGUAAGGGCUAUUUUACGAAGAAGGAGAGUGAUGGAGUGCUGCAUCAGAUGACCUGGCCUCCAACAUCCCCCGACUUCAACCCAAUUGAGAUGGUUUGGGAUGAGUCGGACGGCAGAGUGAAAAGAAGCCAACAAGUGCUCAGCAUAUGUGGUAACUCCUUCAAGACUGUUGGAAAAGCAUUCCAGGUGAAGCUGGUUGAGAGAAUGCCAAGAGUGUGCAAAGCUGUCAUCAAGGCAAAGGGUGGCUACUUUGAAGAAUCUCAAAUAUAAAAUAUAUUUAGAUUUGUUUAACACUUUUUUUAUUUAUUUUUUUCAUAGUUUUGAUGUCUUCACUAUUAUUCUACAAUGUAAAAAAUUGUAAAAAUAAAGAAAAACCCUGGAAUGAGUAGGUAUGUCCAAACUUUUGACUGGUACUGUAUGUGAUCGUAUACAAAUUUAAGCAAGGUUGGAAGUUAUUAUGUUUUAGUCAAAUAUUAUAUCUGUUUGGUUUACUUGCGGUCAAUUUGUAAUUAUGUUCAGGCCCCCUAGUUGAUGAUCUCUGUUGUAAAGGAUUCUCAUGCAUUAUAGAUAGGCGCUGUUUAGAAGGGCUCUGUUCUGUUAUGUGUGCAGGUGGAUGGUGAGAUGGAGGAGGGCCAGAUAGUGAAUGCCAUCCGCCUGGAGUCUAUUGCUAAAAUGUCUGACAGAUUUAAAGCUCAAAGGAAAGAGGAGGACGACGUCAUGGCUGAACACCUGAAUGUCUCAAAACGGUAUUCCAUCUAUACCUCUUUGCAUCCUACAUCUACGAAGGAUCAAGUCAAACUGCAACACUGCUUUCCCUUUACUUUGCCUGACAGUCAUUUUUACUUACAUGUUAUCAUCUGUUUGUUUGUUUGUUUCAUUCUCAGCUUAGAAAAGUCCAGACUUAGACUUGAGGAGCGCAUUGCAUCGAUUGCUAAACAUAAAAUUGAGAUCAGAGAAAUGGAUGAAGAGAUCAAACAACUCCAUGAAACCAAUAUGUAAGUAAUAUGGUCCAUUUGAUCAUAUUAGUCUAUAAUCUCCACUAUGAGUUUUGACACUUUUGUGUAGUAUCAAAGUGACUUAUUUCACUAAGGACAGCAUUAACCAUGUGACCAAGUUAGAAUUAUAAAGUAUGAAACGUCUAAAUAAUUAUCUUGAAAACUACAGAGCUUUUAUCUCAUUGUUUAGUUGUUAUGUACUAAACAUAAAGUGAAUGGCAUGCAGAAUUGUCAGAAUAGUUGCUUACCUAGUUAGCAUUUUGUUUCUCAUAGAGUUAAUGCAGACCUGUUUGAAAGAAAUGUGGAUGAACUGCAUGGACAGCUCAAUAAAGAAAAGAAGAGCAUGUAAGCAACAAAUAGUAUCUCUUCAUUUCAUUACAGACUUGGACUUUCUCUUCAUAGGUUGGGUUAUUUGAUGCAGUCUAAGUUUCUUUUUUUUAGAGCAAUCUUUGAAGUUGAAAAAGAAGAACUGUGCCAGUCUCUGGAGAAUCUAAAAAAAGAUCACGAACAGCAUGUGAAUGAGGUCAACUUUGAUAUUGGUUUAACCAGGAGGAGAUAUGAGGAACUGCUUGAAGAGGUUUGCUUAUUUUUCCUUAAUUCUUCAGGAAUCUAUUGAGAUAGUACAUGCAUAUUUAUAUUAUUAUUCAUUUAUAUUUCACAAACAUUUUCAUCAGGAGAAGAAACUCCAAGACCAUGUAUUCAUGGGCGCGUUGAUUGAACGUCUUGGUAACAAGAUUGUUAAGGCAGAGGAGGUGAAUGAACAGAUGACCAUUUCCUACAAUGACGAGAUCCAACAGUUCAUAGUAAGUAUAUUUAUAUAUAUUUACAUUUUACAUCUAGCAGACAUCAGUAAGCCUCAUCACACAUACAAGCUGUUGAGAAAACAUGUAUUUAAUGUCUUCUUCUUCUUCUGUGAAAACAGACUGAAGCGGAGUCAGUGACACAGAGCCGACUGGAGAAGGAGGAGGAGCUGAAGGUUAAAGAGUCUAUCUUGGAGGAGGUGGAGGCCCAGUUUGAUAUUGACCAGUCCAGGCACCAAAAACUGAAAAACCAUACCUCAGGUACUGACCCAAUAAUCUGCUAAUAUAUCUAUAAUAACAACUAUAAUAACACAGAGACGCGUACAAAGCUCGCCCUCCGUUUGGAAAAUCUGACCAUAAUUAUAUCCUCCUGAUUCCUGCUUACAAGCAAAAACUAAAGCAGGAAGUACCAGUGACUCGCUCAAUACGGAACUGGUCAGAUGACGCAGAUGCUAAGCUACAGGACUGUUUUUCUAGUACAGAAUGGAAUAUGUUCCGGGACUCAUCCGAUGGCAUUGAGGAGUAUACCACAUCAGUCACCGGCUUCAUCAUUAAGUGCAUCGAUGACGUUAUCCCCACAGUGACCGUACGUACAUACCCCAACCAGAAGCCAUGGAUUACAGGCAACAUCCGCACUGAGCUAAAGGGUAGAGCUGCCGCUUUCAAGGAGCGGGACUCUAACCCGGACGCCUAUAAGAAAUCCCGCUAUGCCCUCAGAUGAACCAUCAAACAGGCAAAGCGUAAAUACAGGACUAAGAUUUAAUCCUACUACACCGGCUCCGACGCGCGUCGGAUGUGGCAGCGCUUGCAAACUAUUACGGACUACAAAGGGAAGCCCAGCUGCGAGCUGCCCAGUGACACAAGCCUACCAGACGAGCUAAAUGUCUUCUAUGCGCGCUUCGAGGCAAGCAACACUGAAGCAUGCAUGAGAGCACCAGCUGUUCCGGACGACUCUGUGAUCACGCUCGCCUUAGCCGAAUUGUGUAAGACCUUUAAACAAGUCAACAUUCACAGACAGAUUACCAGGACGUGUACUCCGAGCAUGCGCUGACCAACUGGCAAGUGUCUUAACUGACAUGUUCAACCUGUCCCUGGCCGAGUCUGUAAUGCCUACAUGCUUCAAGCAGACCACCAUAGUCCCUGUGCCCAAGAACACCAAGGUAACCUGCCUAAAUGACUACCGACCCAUAGCACUCACGUCUGUAGCCAUGAAGUGCUUUGAAAAGCUUGUCAAGGCUCACAUCUUCACCAUCAUCCCAUAAAUCCUAGACCCACUCCAAUUUGCAUACCGCCCCAACAGAUCCACAGAUGACGCAAUCUCUAUUGCACUCAACACUGCCCUUUCCCAACCUGGACAAAAGGAACACCUAUGUGAGAAUGCUGUUAAUUGACUACAGCUCAGCGUUCAACACCAUAGUGCCCUCAAAGCUCAUCACUAAGCUAAGGACCCUGGGACUAAACACCUCCCUCUGCAACUGGAUCCUGGACUUCCUGAUGGGCCGCCCCCAGGUGGUAAGGGUAGGCAACAACACAUCUGCCACGCUGAUCCUCAACACGGGGGCCCCUCAGGGGUGCGUGCUUAGUCCCCUCCUGUACUCCCUGUUCACCCAUGACUGCGUGGCCAAGCACGACUUCAACACCAUCAUUAAAUUUGCCGAUGACACAACGGUGGUAGGCCUGAUCACAGACAACGAUGAGACAGCCUAUAGGGAGGAGGUCAGACACCUGGCAGUGUGGUGCCAGGACAACAACCUCUCCCUCAAAGUGAUCAAGACAAAGGAGAUGAUCAUGGACUACAGGAAAAGGGCCAAGCACGCCCCCAUUCUCAUCGAUGGGGCUGUAGUGGAUCAGGUUGAGAGCUUCAAGUUCCUUGGUGUCCACAUCACCAACAAACUAUCAUAGUCCAAACACACCAAGACAGUCAUGAAGACUGAACAGAUUUGGCAUGGGUCCUCAGAUCCUCAAAAAGUUCUACAGCUGCACCAUCGAGAGCAUCCUGACUGGUUGCAUCGCCGCCUGGUAUGGUACUACAGAGGGUAGUGUGUAUGGCCCAGAAUAUCACUGGGGCCAAGCUUCCUGCCAUCCAGGACCUCUAUACCAAGCGGUGUCAGAGGAAGGCCCUAAAAAUUAGACUCCAGCCACCCAAGUCAUAGACUGUUCUCUCUGCUACCGCACGGCAAGCGGUACCGGAGCACCAAGUCUAGGUCCAAAAUUAUUUUUAACAGCUUCUACCCCCAAGCCAUAAGACUGCUGAACAUCUAAUCAAAUGGCUACCUGGACUAUUUGCAUUGACCCUGCCCCCCUUUUUUUACGCUGCUGCUACUCACUGUUUAUUAUUGAUGAAUAGUCACAUUACACCUACCUACAUGUACAGUACCAGUCAAAAGUUUGGACACACCUACUCAUUCCAGAGUUUUUCUAUAUUUUUACUAUUUUCUACAUUGUAGAAUAAUAGUGAAGACAUCAAAACUAUGAAAUAACACAUAUGGAAUCAUAUUGUAACCAAAAAAGUGUUGAACAAAUCAAAAUAUAUUUUAGAUUUGAAAUUCUUCAAAGUAGCUACCCUUUGCCUUGAUGACAGCUUUGCACAGUCUUGGCAUUCUCUCAACCAGCUUCAUGAGGUAGUCACCUGGAAUGCAUUUAAAUUAACAGGUGUGCCUUGUUAAAAGUUAAUUUGUGGAAUUUCUUUCCUUCUUAAUGCAUUUGAGCCAAUCAGUUGUGUUGUGACAAGGUAGGGGUGGUAUACAGAAGAUAGCCCUAUUUAGUAAAAUACAAAGUCCAUAUUAUGGCAAGAACAGCUCAAAUAAGCAAAGAGAAACAACAGUCCAUCGUUACUUUAAGACAUGAAGGUCAAUCAAUCCAGAAAAUGUUAAGAACUUUUAAAGUUUCUUCAAGUGAAGUCGCAAAAACCAUCAAGCGCUAUGAUUAAACUGGAUCUCAUGAGGACCGCCACAGGAAAGGAAGACCCAGAGUUACCUCUGCUGCUGCUGCUGCAGAGGAUAAGUUAAUUAGAGUUAACUGCACCUCAGAUUGCAGCCCAAAUAAAUGCUUCACGGAGUUCAAGUAACAGAUACAUCUCAACAUCAACUGUUCAGAGGAGACUGUGUGAAUCAGGCCUUCACGGUCGAAUUGCUGCAAAGAAACCACUACUAAAGGACACCAAUAAGAAGAAGAGACUUGCUUGGACCAAGAAACACGAGCAAUGGACAUUAGACCGGUGGAAAUCUGUCCUUUGGUCUGAUGAGUCCAAAUCGGAGAUUUUUGGUUCCAACCGCCGUGUCUUUGUGAGACGCAGAGUAGGUGAACGGAUGAUCUCUGCAUGUGUGGUUCCCACCGUAAAGCAUAGAGGAGGAGGUGUGAUGGUGUGGAUGUGCUUUGCUGGUGACACUGUCUGUGAUUUAUGUAGAAUUCAAGGCACACUUAACCAGCAUGGCUACCACAGCAUUCUGCAGCGAUAUGCCAUACCAUCUGGUUUGGGCUUAGUGGGACUAUCAUUUGUUUAUAAAAUAUAUUUUGAUUUGUUUAAAACUUUUUUGGUUACUACGUGUUUCAAAAUGUGUUAUUUCAUAGUUUUGAUGUCUUCACUAUUAUUCUACAAUGUAGAAAAUAGUAAAAAAUAAAGAAAAACCUUUGAAUGAGUAGGUGUGUCCAAACUUUUGACUGGUACUGUACAUAUUACCUCAAUUACCUCGACUAACCUGUACCUCCUCACAUUGACUCGGUACCGGUACCCACUGUAUAUAGCCUCGUUAUUGUUAUUUUAUUGUUGCUCUUUUAUUUUUUACUUUAGUUUAUUUAGUAAAUAUUUUCUAAACUCUUAUUUUUCUUAAAACUGCAUUGUUGGUUAAGGGCUUGUAAGUAAGCAUUUCACGGUAAGGUCUACACCUGUUGUAUUCAGCACAUGUGACAAAUACAAUUUGAUUUGAUUUGAUUUAGUAGACAAUAUCAAGUAGGCAUACACAAAUAUGCAGAUAUCUCAAAGAACGUACUCACUAUAACCUUAAAAAUCAUGUAGUGCAGCAUUUGAUAAUUACUUAAAUGAUUUUCCCCACCAGAGUUAAAGAAUAAGAACAAUCAUUUGGAGCUCUCCAUCCAGGAUAUGAAAGAGAACAUUAGUACUCUUCUCAAACCAAAGGUGAGUUUCACAACAACAACAAAAACAUUCAUUAUGUACAUCUUGGUUACCACAUACUCUAAAUGACAAGCUGUGAAGUGCAGCAGCAUUGAAACAGUCUGAUUGUAACUGACUGACAGGAGGACAUGAAGAGGAGUCUGGAGGGUUUGCGUGAGAAACACAUGGAGCUGCUGACGUCUCACGCUGCAGACAUCAUCGCCACUGAGAAGAGCAUCUAUGACAACGGGAUGAUGCUGCAGCAGGUCAAUAUGGAGAACAGCAGGCUGCAUGUGGUAAGCGACAUGAGUCACUCACAAUGCCCCUAAGAGACAUGAGUCACUCACUCACCUACCAAGCAAAAACUCAAUGUAAACAUUGUUUUUCAGUGUAUUGAACAAAUGAAGGAGGACAUAUGGAACACCAGGAAAGACCAGGAAAGACACACACAGGAGAUUGGGUGGCUGAAAGAGGAGGUUCAUUCUCUAUUUGGUGAGCAUCAGCCGAGCUCAAUGACUCCAACUAUUGUAAAACGUUGUGCAUAA